AUGGCAAAAAAAAAGACGGAAGAGAAAUUGAAGAACAAAAAUCAAAACAAAAAAAAAGUUCUUCUUACCAAAAAAUCUUUACAUGGUGCAAUAAAAGGGUUAUUAAAUGACAUUAAGAGAGAUACCACUGUUAGGAAAUCAACGAGCCAUGAUUUAUUAAAUCCAACUUCAUUUAAAAAUAAGAAGCGUUCUCAUGUAACGAGUAACAAUUCCACCACUACUACUAGUACUACUAUUAGUAACGGCGAUAAAAUAAUAAAACGGAAAACCAAAAUAAACGAUUCACAGUUAGAAUAUUUAGAAAAAAAUGGUAUCAUAUAUAUUAAAUCAAAGGAAAACAGAUUCAUACCUAAGCUAACGGAUGAUGAACUAAUGGUAAGGCAUAAAAAGGCAGAUGAAACAAUGAGAGAUGUAUGGAACAAGAUUAUUGAGAAAUAUGAAAAUGUUGUAGAUCAGGGUGAUGUUUUAAAUUUACAAACAGGUGAAAUAAUAGAAGAUCAUGGACAUUUAAAAGGUGAUAAUACCAGAUUACCUUUGGUUGAUCGUAUAACCACUUCUUAUAAAACUAGCAUCAUGGAUAUCUUAUAUAAAGAAGAAGAAGAAAAAGAAGAAAAAGAAAGAAAACAAAUACGGAAAAAAGAUAAACUCAUACCCAACAAUAAAGAAUCCCUUGUUGCAGGGUUAUCGGAUAAGAAAACUAAAUGCCAACAAGCUUCAGCUAAAAGCCUAUGGGACCCAUCAGAUAAUGAUAAUGAUAACUAUGAAGAUGUUGCUAAUUCUGAUGACAUUGAAAUUAAUAUAAAAGAAAACAGUGAUGAAGAGAAUGUGUGGCUUUGA